GUUUGCGCGCGCACAUCGUGGGGCGGGGCUGUGAUGUGUUUAUAAAUACGCUGUUCUGUCUCAUAUCGCUCAUUCGCUCUCUGGAAAACAGCUCAGGUUGUGAUUCCAGGUUGUGUGCACUGCUUCUGGUGAAUUCUUUCAGAGUUGUGAGCACAAAAAUUGACCAACACGCAUAUACAUAACAGAUAUACAUAAAUUAUUCACACAGACACACUCACUAAAAUACCACACAGACACACUCACUGGACACACUUCCCAUCACAUAGUUCCUGCUAAGAUGCCGCGUGCCAAGGGCCACAGGCGGGCACUAGCCGCCAGGACGAAGUUGGCAGAGCGGCAGUCAUUGCCCCCCAUGCCUCCUGUGCCCGAGUUCGUCGCUCGGCGCGGCACUGGGUUCCGCCACCGCGUGCGGAGGUGGCCCACUUCGGACCUGACUGGCCGUCAGGUGAAGUUUGUCCCUCCAGCUUUCGACCCGGAGAAGAAGACUGUCUUCGUCAUCGGCGACUCCCACCUGAGGGGCCUGGUGGAUGGGGACGUCGCCUUACCCAAGGUACCUCUCUCUUUUUCUUUUCUGUCUGUUCCAGGUGGAGGUGCAGCUGACUUGAGGAAAGAGGUGGGGCGCCUGGAGUUCCCGUGGACCCCGGAUGUCGUCUGCGUGCUGGCCCCGAGCAACGACCUGGACCGUGGCGAUGCGGCGGUGAAGUUCGGCGCGCUCCUGACCAGCGUCCGCAGCCGCUGGCCCAAGGUGUUUGUUCUGGACUUCCCCCCGCGUCUGAACAAACCCGUGGGCCUGCAGGAUCUGCUGCGUCAGGAGCACCACCGCGUCGCAGCACGCAUGGGUCUCCCAUUCGUGGCUGUGACCAGCAGCUUCCUGCUGGAUCGGUUGGAGCUGUGGUGUUAUGACGGCGUGCACCUCAGCGACACAGGUGGCUCGCCCAUCCUGGUGAAGCUGUUGUGCGACGCUGCGCUCACCCUGUUCGCACCCGAUCCCCCUGCACCUCCUUCCCCUGGUCUGAAGGACUGCCUGGAUCCCCGGACGUGGCCCAGGGUUGGACAGGAGGGAGAGAUGGCCUGCAUCACUGCAUCUGCUGUUCUUUGGAGGAAGAUGGCAGAGCGGCAGUCAUGGACCCCCAUGCCUCCUGUCCCCGAGUUGGUCGCUCGUAAGUUUUGA